UUCCAAUUUUGUAACUCAAAACAUUUUCAAACAUGUUUGCAUCUAACCUAUUUCUAGUAAGAUCGGUGACUAAACCACUGUAUAGUGCUUCAGUCUUACGCUCAGUGUGGACAGGUCAAGAACCACUGGCCAUAGAUGAUCCAGAAGUUAAUGCGCUUAUCAAGGAGGAGAAAAGUCGGCAGGUCAAUGGCUUAGAGCUCAUUGCAUCUGAGAACUUUGCCAGCAGGGCUGUUUUGGAGGCUGUCGGAUCCUGUCUGUCAAAUAAAUAUGCUGAAGGCUACCCAGGUGCUAGAUAUUAUGGUGGUAAUGAGGUCAUAGACAAGAUUGAGACAUUGUGUAUUCAGAGGGCUUUGGAAACCUUCAAUCUCGAUCCAGAGAAAUGGGGUGUAAAUGUGCAGCCCUAUUCUGGCAGUCCAGCUAACUUUGAGACAUAUACUGCUUUACUGAACCCACAUGAUAGGAUCAUGGGACUUGACCUCCCAGAUGGAGGACAUUUAACACAUGGCUUUAUGACUGAUACAAAGAGAGUAUCUGCUACUUCCAUAUACUUCGAAUCCAUGCCUUACAGACUCAAUCCAAGCACAGGGUACAUAGACUAUGAUAAGAUGGAGGAAUCCGCUAAACUAUUUAGGCCAAAGAUGAUGAUAGCUGGUACCAGUGCAUACUCAAGACCUUUGGACUAUGCAAGGUUCAGGAAAGUAUGUGAUGAUAUAAAGGCUGUAUUACUAGCAGAUAUGGCACAUAUAUCUGGUCUUGUUGCUGCUGGAGUCAUGCCUGGACCAUUUGAAUAUGCAGAUGUUGUAACCACCACAACCCAUAAGUCACUCAGGGGUCCCAGGUCAGGGAUGAUCUUCUUCAGAAAAGGAGUGAAGGAGAUCAAUAAGAAGACUGGGAAGGAAGUUAUGUAUGAUUAUGAGAAGAGAAUCAACAAUGCUGUAUUUCCAGCUCUACAAGGUGGGCCACAUGAGAACCAGAUAGGUGCCUUGGCUGUUGCACUUAGACAGGCAAAAAGUCCUGAGUUCAAGGAGUACCAGUUGCAGGUUUUGAAGAAUGCUGAUGUUCUCGCCAAGGCACUUGUCAGUAAAGGCUACAGUAUUGUCUCAGGGGGUACACAAAACCAUCUUUGUCUGCUUGAUCUCAGACCUCAAGGAACAGAUGGUGCAAGAAUGGAAAGAAUGUGUGAACUUUGCUCAAUCACAGUCAACAAAAACACUUGUCCUGGUGACAAAAGUGCAAUGAAGCCAGGAGGCCUGCGAUUAGGUGCCCCUGCUCUAACAUCAAGAGGUUUCAAGGAGGCAGAGUUUGAGAAGGUGGCUGACUACUUAGACAGGGCUGUCAAGUUAACACUAGAGGCUCAAAGCAAAUCAGGAACUUUAAAAGAAUUCAAGGCUGUUGUGUUAGAAGAUGCUGAGUUGAAAGGGAAAAUGGCUGAACUCUCAAAAGAUGUCUCAGAAUUUGCUAGUAAAUUCCCCAUGCCUGGUUUUGAUGAAAUAUGAACCACGUCUGCUUGGAUUUGAUGAUAUGUAAAAUUCACAUUUUAAUUUUGGAGCAGUUUAAGGAAAGGGUAGAAAACUGGAAUAUGAAUCUUCAAAUGGGAUUUUGUGUAAAUUGUGCCUGAUACCCAUGAAUGUGAACAUAUAUUAGUCAGCAAUUAAUAAACUGCAAAUAAAACGAUAUUAGAUGGACUGAUCUCCAAACAUAUCUAUGAAUACAUCAUGUUGUUCUUUUUCCAUUUGGCUAAAUAAGGAAGAGGAGCAAAAACCAAAAUCAUGAACAUUUUUGACAAAUGCUCAAUAUGCAUACAAGUAUACAUGUGUAAAUGUAUCCAUUUGUAAAGAGCAAUCAGCAUUAGUGACCGAUGAAAUAUGCAUUGAAUGAAUCUCCAUAUCAAGAUAAAAGCAUUAUCGUACAAUUGUUAUUUUAAUGUAUAUGGGUUAUUAAGAAAUAAAAUUGUCCAACAUGUCGCUACUGUCAAUACAUGUGAUAUGGACUUCAUGUAAGAAAUGUAUAGAUUAAGUUGAAUGAAAUUGUCGACUUCUUCAGUGUUUGAGUAUUGAUAAUGAACAAUUGCAUAGGAAUUUUAAUUGUCUAUUCUGAAUCCUUUUUGUAAAUAAUGAUAAUUGAUUGGCCCUUUAAUUUUAUGAUUUGAAAGUAAACUGUUCAUACAUGUCUAGUUUUCCCAGGGAUCCAUAUUUGGUGCCACAUUUAUGAAUCCUUGAAAAGCCAUUAUAACAACUGCAGAGAUGUAAGUUGCAAUGAUCCUAAAAACAAACAAAACAAACCCCAGAAUCAAAUUAAAGGCCCAAAGCAGGUACAUUGGCUAUUAUUUAUAUGAUUUGGACUAGACAGUUAAAAUAAAAAAAUUCUGGAUCCAAGUGAUAUUUUUAUUUUAUAAUAUUUGGUGGAGGCGGAACCAACGGGAAAGCAAGCUGGAGAGAAGUGUAAGUUCAAAAAUCAAAACAUAUUGAUGUAUUAAUAUUUGAUUUAUUUUUAUAUAAUUCUAUUAUGUAUACAGGCUAAUGCUUAUAUAAUGUGGUACAUAGUCAUACACCAUAGUGUAUAGUCAU